AUGCCGUCCAACUAUCGCCCGCUGACGGGCAAGUCCAAGGCUCGAUCCGCGUCCGCCGUCGAGGUCGCUGGGCGCGUCCUCACAAUCUUCAGCGCAGGCUUUGUAGCCGUCGCCGUCCUCUGCUCAUUUGGCACGCCCAGCUCAUCAUCUCUACGACCACAAGGCUGGAAGCUACCGUCGAUACGCGCCGGGUCGAGCGGUGCGCGGUGCGACCCCUUUGCGCAGCCAGGCUACGUCGAGUCGCCGCACAGCGCCGGCGAGCUCGCGUCGUGGCGCACCUUCGACUCGUCCUGCCCGCCCUCGGACCUGUUUGCCAGGCUGGUAUCGACGCUCGGCCACCGUACCUCUGCGGAUCCGAGCCAGAUCGCGCCGCACCUGUCGUCCGAUCUCAAGAGCUCGCCGGACUCGGAGCGCAUCGCCGCCAUCGCCGGCAACCGCACCGUGCUCCUCAUCGGCGACCACCACGUCGACCGCACGCUGGUCGAGCACUUUUGCACCCUCGUCGGCAGAAAGGCGGUCAAGAUCGACCGCGCGCAUCCCUGGGGCGACGCACUCGACGCCGCGGCCAAGAGCAACGGCCAGGCCACCGCCGUCGAUGCCGACGUGGCGCUGGCCCACUUCUGCCACGUGCCCGAGUACGACCUGCUGUUGACGUCCGUCUAUUCGUUCGGCGCCGACCACGCCGAGACGUGGAAGUCGCAGCGCCUCUACAACGCGCCCACGCGCUUCGAGUCGCGCAUCACCGACCUCUACCAGCCGCUGCUGGCCGCCAUGGCCUCGUCGACCUACACGUCGCCCGCGCUGCCCAAGCCCCGGCUGCGCCGCGAGCCGGACCUCGUCAUCUUCAACUCGGGCCUCUGGGACCUGGCCAGGUGGGCCUCGGACGACAUCGACAGCGGCGCAAGCCUCAUCGACAACCUCAGCGAGCAGCGCAUCCUCUGGUGGCGCGGCCGGAUGGUCGACAUCCUCACCGCGCUCCGAAAGACCUGGAAGCGCUCGCGCAUCGUCUGGCGAAACACCCACUUCCCGCUCGCCAGCGAGGCCAACACCGUCGAGUGGUUCUUGGGCACCGAGGGCGCCGUCAAAAAGAACCACCCGCUGUAUCACAGCAACCGCAUCUCGCAGCUCAACAACGCGCAGCGGUCCCUCCUCGAGCCGCAGGGCGACGACGUGGCCAAGGGGUACCUCGACAGGUCGGCACGGAUGCCAGUCGACGUGCAUGGCGUCGACUUUGCCAACCUCAUCCUCGGACAGGACCAGCACCAGCUCGACCCCCUCACCCCGAGCCUCAGCCCCGCUGGAUCCAUCUUCGCCGAGCUCGUCCUCUGGAACCUGCAGGCGGCCGUCGAAGGUCGGUAG